CCCUCUCCGUACCCUCCCAUUCUCUGUACCCAACCCUGGCCCAGUCCCCGGCCUCAGUGCCCGGCCCACCCUGUCACCCGGUGCCCACCCUCUCCGUCUCCUUUAUUGCUCCCUGGCUGCCGCCCCACCUGCUGCUCCAGCUGCCCGGACUCCACGCCUGUUACCCGCGCACUCCUCGCUAAUCCCGGCUCCUUCAUGGCGGAUUAUCACAAACCCGACCAGCAGACCCUGCAGGGCCUGAAAGACACGGCCAACCGGCUGCGGAUCCUCUCCAUCAGGGCGACCACGGCGGCCGGCUCCGGGCACCCGACGUCAUGCUGCAGCUCAGCGGAGAUCAUGGCUGUGCUGUUCUUCCACACCAUGAAGUACAAAGCCCAGGACCCCAGAAAUGCCAGCAACGACCGCUUCGUGAUGUCCAAGGGUCACGCCGCGCCGAUCCUCUACGCCGUGUGGGCAGAAGCCGGCUUCAUCCCCGAGUCGGAGUUACUGAAUCUGAGAAAAAUCGACUCCAUCCUGGAAGGUCACCCGGUGCCGAAACAAGAAUUUGUCGACGUGGCCACCGGAUCCCUGGGACAAGGUCUGGGCGCGGCGUGCGGCAUGGCGUACACCGGCAAGCACUUUGACAAAGCCAGCUAUCGUGUAUUUUGUCUGCUUGGAGAUGGGGAGGUCUCAGAAGGCUCCGUUUGGGAAGCCAUGGCCUUCGCAGGGUUUUACAAACUGGACAACCUUGUCGCCAUCUUCGACGUUAACCGCCUCGGACAGAGCGACCCGGCUCCGCUCCAGCACAAAGUGGACAUUUACCAGAAACGCUGCGAGGCCUUCGGGUGGCAUACGGUUAUCGUUGACGGACAUAGCGUGGAGGAGCUGUGUAAGGCGCUCUGCCCGGUGAAGAACCAGCCGACGGCCAUCAUCGCCAAAACAUUCAAAGGGAAAGGGAUUCCAGGCGUGGAAGAUAAGGAGAACUGGCACGGCAAGCCCCUGCCCAAAGAUCUGGCCGAAGAAACCAUCAAGGAGAUCGAGAAAAAGAUCCAUAACAAGAAGAAGUUGUGCCCAACGCUGCCUGAGGAGGACGCCCCGGCCGUCAGCAUCAAGAACAUCAAGAUGUCCUCUCCACCCAGCUACAAACUGGGAGAGAAGAUCGCCACUCGGAAAGCCUACGGGCAGGCGCUAGCCAAGCUGGGCCACGCGAGCGACCGAGUGGUCGCCUUGGACGGAGAUACCAAAAACUCCACCUUCUCCGAGCUCUUCAAGAAGGAGCAUCCGGGCCGUUUCAUCGAGUGUUACAUUGCUGAACAGAACAUGGUGAGUGUCGCCGUCGGCUGCGCCACCCGGGAUCGCACUGUGGCCUUCGCCAGCGCUUUUGCCACGUUCUUCACAAGAGCUUUUGACCAGAUCCGGAUGGCGGCCAUUUCUGAAAGCAACAUCAACCUGUGUGGCUCGCAUUGCGGGGUCUCCAUUGGUGAGGACGGACCGUCUCAGAUGGCUUUGGAGGAUCUCGCCAUGUUCCGCGCGGUUCCCACAGCGACCGUUUUCUACCCAAGCGAUGCGGUGUCUACCGAGAAGGCUGUUGAGUUGGCAGCAAACACUAAGGGAAUUUGCUUCAUUAGAACAAGUCGCCCAGAAAAUGCCGUCAUUUACAGCAGCAACGAGGAAUUCAAAAUAGGACAAGCCAAGGUUGUGGCUCAGAGUAAAGAUGACCAAGUGACGGUCAUCGGAUCGGGGGUGACUCUGCACGAGAUCCUCGCCGCGGCCGAGCAGCUGAAGAAAGAUAAAACUACUAUCCGAAUCAUUGAUCCGUUCACCAUAAAGCCGCUGGAUCGUAAGACCAUCCUGGAAAGCGCUCGGGCCACCAAGGGGAGGAUCAUAACCGUGGAGGAUCAUUACUACGAGGGAGGGAUCGGAGAAGCCGUCUCCGCAGCUGUGGUUGGAGAGCCGGGGAUUACAGUCAAAUCUUUGGCCGUGUCUCACGUGCCUCGUAGCGGGAAACCCGCCGAACUGCUCAAGAUGUUUGGCAUCGACAAAGACGCCAUCGUGGAGGCAGUCCGUGCCGCCGUGUCCCAAACCACCAAUUCCGUGUAGCUGACGGCCAGUAGGCGCAGAACGAGUCCGCAGCACCGUGUAAUCGCCAUUUAUUUCAAUUAAAGCUGGAAAAAAUA